UUGUCAAUAUUCCGAAAGAAGAGACAAUAGAGUGAAAACUCGGUGGAUUUCUGAAACAGCGAGUGUUUACGAAACUCAAUUAAACUGCCGAUGAAACAUUAAGCGACGGCGCAGCGGGGGAGACGUUGGGUGGAUGUUGCAAAUUGAAGCUUAUCGAAGAGAGCCGCUGGUAAUGCGCGCAUAUCUGAAAUGUAACCUGGAUUUUUUUGUUGAUCGGCAAUUCCAAAAGCACUUGGCAGACUGUCAUCCCAACUUCUGCUGCAGAACCGAAGGAAACCGGAACAAGAUAACCACAGACAUUUAAAGUGGACUAUCCAUGUAAAAAAAAUUGGCCAGUGACUUUUUUUUGUGCCAGUUUUGAACCACCACGGCAAAACCUUUUUUGUGGAUUUUUUGAUAUCAAGGGAACAAAUCAUAAGGGUCUCAGUCGUGACCAAGCGGAACUUAUUUUACUACUGGUCAUUUUGAAUGUGCAAACAUAGCCCUUGGACUUAUAAAUCCAAGAUACUCAAAGAACACAAAGAAAAUUCUGGAUCAUCAUUACAGCAAGGAUAAGAGUACUCCUUCAAACCUUUUUGACAGAAAAGAGUUUAUGUUUUGGUCACAUAUUUGAUUUAUUUAUUCAUAUGAAUGUUAAUUUCUCCCUUUUUUGGAGAGUUGUCUUGUAAAUAGACAGAAUUCAUACGCAGACCUCUUCUUUUCAAGAGGUUUGAACGUCAGAUUGUGUACAAAAUACAUUCUUUAAGAACAGGAAGAAAAAGUUUUUAUUUUUUUACACACUGGUGCAUUAAAGCGAAACAUCAGUGAAAGAGGCAAAGAUAACAUACUGAGGAAAAUUGCCAGUUAAUGUGUUGAACCCAUGGCUACAGCAAGGACGGCAAACUCGGCACCAAUGAUUGGAUUGAACAAACCAGCAAAUGGGCAGCUCAGAGGACAAGCGGGACUCCUCGGGUCUGCCCAACAGCCCAAUGCCCUCCAGAAGAGGACCGGCAUUCCUCAAAGCAGUGGGGGCAUCAAGUUUGGUGAUGACUGGAAGAAGUGCCUGGAGCUUCCUCCAAGAGACACCAGGAUGAGAACUUCGGAUGUGACAUCAACUAAGGGAAAUGAAUUUGAAGACUACUGCCUAAAGCGGGAACUGCUUAUGGGAAUCUUUGAAAUGGGAUGGGAGAAACCGUCCCCUGUCCAGGAGGAAAGCAUUCCCAUCGCUCUGUCAGGCAGAGAUAUUUUGGCUCGGGCCAAGAAUGGCACAGGAAAAAGUGGAGCCUACCUCAUCCCCCUCCUGGAGAGGAUAGACCUGAAGAAGGAUCACAUACAGGCCAUAGUAAUGGUGCCAACGAGAGAGUUGGCCCUGCAGAUGAGCCAGAUCAGCAUUCAGCUCAGCAAGCACCUGGGAGGUGUCAAGGUCAUGGCUACCACAGGUGGCACCAAUUUGAGGGAUGACAUCAUGCGUCUUGACGAGACAGUGCAUGUAGUGAUUGCUACUCCAGGCAGGAUACUUGACCUUAUCAAAAAGGGUGUGGCAAAAAUGGAUAAGGCCCAAUUGAUUGUGAUGGACGAGGCAGACAAGCUGCUUUCCCAGGACUUUGUGGUUCUGAUCGAAGAUAUAAUCAGCUUCAUGCCAAGGGAUCGUCAGAUUCUGCUUUACUCUGCCACUUUUCCCAUCAGUGUGCAAAAAUUCAUGAGUAAGCACCUGAAGAAGCCUUAUGAGAUCAACCUGAUGGAGGAACUGACCUUGAAGGGCAUCACUCAGUACUAUGCCUAUGUGACAGAAAGACAAAAGGUUCACUGUCUCAACACACUGUUUUCUAGGCUUCAGAUCAAUCAGUCCAUCAUCUUCUGUAACUCAACCCAGAGGGUUGAGCUUCUGGCCAAGAAAAUCACCCAACUCGGGUAUUCGUGCUUCUACAUUCAUGCAAAGAUGAUGCAGGAAUACAGGAACCGUGUGUUCCAUGACUUCAGGAAUGGAUUGUGCAGAAACUUGGUCUGCACAGACCUUUUCACUCGGGGCAUUGACAUUCAGGCGGUAAAUGUGGUCAUCAACUUUGACUUCCCCAAAAAUGCAGAGACCUACCUGCACCGCAUUGGAAGAUCAGGGCGGUUCGGUCAUCUGGGUCUGGCCAUCAAUCUGAUCACUUCAGAAGAUCGCUACAACCUGAAGAACAUUGAGGAUCAACUGGUCACUGACAUUAAGCCCAUCCCCAGUUGCAUCGACAAGAGCCUGUAUGUGGCAGAGUUUCACUCCGUUGACCCAGAUGCAGAUGACGACGACAUUGGUGGCGAAAUCGGCGGAGCAAAAAGCAAGGAACUGGGAGCAAUCUGAGUGAAUGGAGAAACACGGCGCCUGGCAUUCAUCAUAGUAUUGACGAGACAUGACACACAAGAUUCCGAGGGAUCAUUUGUUUCCCCAGUGGUCUAAUUUAGAUUGAUUUUCAUUUCCAGUUUGAGUUUACAAUAAUCUCCAGUUAUGUCUGUGCAAUAUGUUAGUAAUCUGGUAUCUUCCCAUUGCAACUUCAAUCAGUUGCACGUUCUGCCACAAUGCCAGAGAUGGGCACUGUACAUGUGAUUUGUCCUCCUGCUUAAGUCAACUCGGCCACUCUCGACAAUAGAUGGACAUUGUCGCCAUUUGUACUUUGCUGUAAGAAUGAAAAUGUGAAACCAAAGGUAGACUUGUAGGAUAAAGCCCAGCUCACAUCCAUGGCAGUGUGCAGAUCCUGCUGACAUGCCUUUUUGAGCAGAUGACAAAAGAAACUCGCCCUUUUUUCUACACUCUGGUUACUUUAUUGGAUAAACCUGAAUAAUUUGUCAUGCCAGGGAUUUAAAAGCUGCUGGAAACAUUCCUUUUUUAAAUGAUACUCUGUUCGUACUACUUGGCCAAAAGUGUGCCAAAUUAUAUUCUUAAAAAUAAGUAAUUACGCCGUUGCCACCAGCUUGGUCGCAUUCACGUUUACACCAAAUUCUGAGCAUGUCCUCUGCAUAGCCGGGUGAUGUUUAUCAUUAAUCUGCCGUGCAGUGGAGGUGAGCCCGUCUCCUCUCGCCUCAGCGCUUAUGUCUGCAUACCUCUGUUCUGACACGUAGGGAUUUGUUCGUCAACUUGAACCAGUCCAACCAUUCUCCUGCCCUCCCUCGUUAACGAGGCACUUUCGCCGUCAGUUGCCACUCAUGGGUUUUUGUAUGUUGCCUGUAAACCAGCUAGACUAGUGUGGAAAUUCAAGGAUGUCGGCGCCAACAAUCAUUCCACAGUAAAAUUUAUUCCCUAUUCAGAUGUUUGGUCAGAAUAGUUUUUGCAUUUAGUAGCUGAUUUAGACAUUGAGCAGGUGCACCUGAUUAUAAGGCCACUGAGUAGUUAUUUUUGUAACUUUUGCCAUCAUUCCAGGUUCGUUAUAAAUAUAUUUUUGCGGAUUGUACACUUCUUUUUUUAUUUUUUUUUAUUUUAAAGGAUUCAAAGUUGGGAGAGCUGACAGAGUUACAAAAGUAAGACUGGAGAUGGCUUUAGAAACCAAAAUGACCACUUUGUUCUUUGCGAUGGUAUAAAAUAUAAAAGGGCUGCUAUGGUGUUCCAGUAAAGCAUCGGAAACAGUGCUGCUGAUGGUGAAAUUGUUACUUUUUAUAUUGAAGUGUUAUCUGUGGAAAAAAUGUAAAGAUGGCAGUAUGUCAGUGACAUUGUAAUGCGUUUUGUCAAGGCACAGAUCCAAUAAUGACUCGGUGUUUAAUUGUGAAAUUACUUUGAUCCCUUUAAAAGUCAAAACACCAGGCAGCAUUUUAAGUCUUGAGGUUAUCAGUAAUUAACAUGACCGGAUGAGGCGGGCCUUAGUUUACAUGUUACCGGCCAACUUGUUCCGUCAAUGUAGAUUCUGUGUCCCUCCUCUCCAAAGUGCCUUAGUGUAAUGUCAAACCUCUUACUUUGCCCACACUCUCGUCCCAACUUUUUAUUGUAGGUAAAAUGGCACCCAAACAAUUCCUCAUUGGUUUCAGUUUUGAAAAAGCACAGUUAAAGAAUUCUCAGUUGUUUCCUAUUUGAAAGAAAUACAUUUUUUUAAGACAAAUUGUAUAUGAUUAGUUGUCGGACUAUAUUACAUCCGUGGGCUUCUUGACUUAAGCACAAUGUCACAGAAAAGUAAGUGUUCCAAAUGUAUAACAAUAAAAUGUCCAGCUCCCCUGUUAAAUUUUGGUUCCCCAAUUUUUUUUCAGCCUCAGUACAGGCUUUAAUCAGUACAUAACACUUUUCUCGGAGUGUAACCUGAGAGUAUUUUGUUCCAUCACUGUAUUCUUGAGAAAGGAGUACAUUCAUGACUCGAUGACCAGUUGCUUUAAUUAGAAAGACAGACAAGCAACAAUUUUCUGUUAAAUGUGUCAAUGCCGGCGCCCGAAAUGCAUUAAACUCCAACUGAUUUGA